AUGGCCCUGCACUACUCAGUGCAGGGGCUUACCCAGCUGUGGGGUUACGACCUACUAGAAGACUAUGCUCCUCCGGGCUACAUUGUCUACGUCGUUCUACUCCACCCAAAGAGCCGUGGAUCCGUUCGACCAGACCCUGUUCGGGGACCGCUGGAGGACCCUUUUAUUACACCUUAUUAUCUCUCUCAUCCAGACGACGUGGACAAACUGCUAAAGGGAAUAAGACUAGUUCAGAGACUCGUGAAUACGAGCUCAUUUGAUGGGAUUCGGGGUCGUCUCCUUGCGGCCAACGCAGUGAGCCCCCAUCCAUAUGACACGGACAAGUUCUGGCAGUGGUACAUUCGACAGAGUACAAUGACCCUCCAUCAUCCAGUUGGAACGUGCAGAAUGGGGUCGACCCAAGAUGCCACCGCGGUUGUUGAUCCUCAGCUAAGAGUAAAAGGUGUCAAGAACCUGCGGGUGGUGGAUGCCUCUGUGAUGCCCGAGAUAGUGUCUGGGAACACAAAUGCACCAACUAUCAUGAUAGCUGAGAAAGCCGCAGAUUUCAUCAAGCGAGGAUAA